AGCGAUGGCCGCGAACGGGUCGGCAGCCGCGGACACGCGGCUCUGCCACGUGCGGAAGGUGCCCAGCUUCGAUGGCUACGGAUUCAACCUUCACGCCGAGAAGGGCAAGCCGGGCCAGUACAUCGGCAAGGUGGACGCGGGCUCGCCCGCCGAGGCGGCGGGGCUGCGGCGCGGCGACCGCAUCCUCGAGGUGAACGGCAGCAGCAUCGCGGGCGAGUCGCACAAGCAGGUGGUGGCGCGCAUCAAGCAGCGGCCCGACGACGCCGAGCUGCUGGUGGCGGCGCCGGCACCCGGCGACGCGCUGCCCGACCUGGACGCGCCCGAGCCCGCGCCGCCGCCCGCCGGCGCGCCCGCCGACGCGCCCGACGCGGCCGACGCGCCCGACGCGCCGCCGCGCCUCAACCUGCACAUGACGGCCGCCGAGAUGCGUGCGCAGCUGCAGGCCAAGAAGCGCGUCGACCCCAAGAAGGUGCCGCUGGACCUCAAGUCCAAGUUCGAUAUCGUGAAGAAACUGUGACGUGCGCGAGUGCGGGGGACGAGGGGCGCUGCCAUUGAAUGUUGUACAUACGUACUGCUCGUUGUUAAGGAAUUUAUUGCAAUUUAAUUUUAUUACUAUACAUAUUUAUAUUACGUAGGCGCACCGAUCGACUAUGAAAUGAUUAUCUAAAUGUGUAGUUAGUUUUACAAUACAUACCUAAUUAAGUGCAAUUGUUGUCGAGUGAUCAAUAAAAGAUUUAAUUUUA